AAUGAUUUAUACGCGUUAUUGUCAAGCCAAAUUCAAUUUUCUCGUGACCGAUCUCCAUAAAAAAAAACGCUAAAAAUGGUCCAAUUAAUUUCAAAAAUUUCUUGUCUUCUAAUUAUUAUUUGUAUUGUUCCUCAGAAUACUUUGGCAGUAUGUGAACGGCCAGACGUUCUAACUGGAGCCGAAGACUAUUGUUGGGGUAAGACAGUAGAAAUUCUGGAUAGAUUACAGUACAGUACUAAAAGUGUUUUAAAUUUUGCUAAGAAAAAAUUGGGUAUUGGUGUCGAGGAACAAUAUACACCGCAGAAAUGCGACUACUACCAAUGCAUCUUUGAGGCGUUACAUAUGCUCAACGGAAAUGGAUACCCAAACUAUGGCCAAAUUGUAUAUUGGAUUGAUAAUAAUGUAGUUUACACUCAUGCAAAAGAAAUAUAUGACAGAUUAAGUGCUUGCAAUAAUGCCUUAUCUGAUAGCAUUAAAAAUAACAUAUAUUUUUCUGGAAAUCUGAACACCACAUUAGAAGAAUCAACUGAACUGCAAGGAAAAUGCGAAGUAUUACAAGAAUUCAUGAAAUGCAUAAGUGAAACAAGUUGUAAAAGGUUUAGCUACCCCUAAGUAAAAGGAGGAGAAUGUAGUUCAUAUUAACAUGAAAUAUAGAAUUAAGUAAUACAUACUUAUAAUAAUAUAAUACUUCAUAUAUGUUUAUACUAACUUGUACUAACUCAAAUUUGUUUAUGAACGGAAUGUAUAAAUAAAAAGUCAAUUACAAUAAACUUAAAAUAUAUUUAGUGGAAAAGUUAUAUAUUACAUAGACAUUCAGAUGGAUAUUGUGUUUCAAAUAAAUAGUCCUUUCAAUACAGUCAGUACUUGAGA